AUGGGGGUGCUUCCGGUGUGGCUGGCGGGGAGCGGAGCGAGGCUGCCGGCUCUUGAGGCACACCUGGGGUUUUUGGUUCACAUGGCAGCAGCAAACUCGACUCCACCUGGUUCUUUGGAUUUAAACCAGCCUGGAUUUUCAAAGGAGAUACUGGGGACUAAAUUGGAGGGCAAAUACCUCUGCUCUGAGUGCAAAAAUAUUCUGAGGAGGCCAUUUCAAGCUCAGUGUGGACACCGCUAUUGUUCUUACUGCCUGAAGAAACUUAUAAGCUCUGGGCCUCAGAAGUGUGCAGCCUGUAUUCAGGAAGGAAUAUAUGAAGAAGGAGUUUCUAUUUUAGAAACAAAUUCGGCUUUCCCAGAUAAUGCAGCUCGUCGGGAGGUGGAAAGUCUGCCGGCUGUCUGUAUUAACAAUGGCUGCCCAUGGACAGGGACAAUUAAAGAAUAUGAGAGCUGCCAUGAAGGGGACUGCCCGUUCAUGCUGAUUGAGUGCCUGGCAUGUAAGGGAAUGAUCAAACUGAAUGAAAAGGAGCGCCAUUCAGAGCGGGAAUGCCCCGAGAGAAGCCUCAACUGCAAAUACUGCAAAUCACUUUUCUACUUUCCUGACAUUAAGGCUCACGAUGAGAUCUGUCCUAAAUUUCCACUGAGUUGUGAGGGCUGUGGGAAGAAGAAGAUUCCAAGAGAGAAGUUUCAGGACCACGUGAAGACUUGUGGCAAAUGUAAAGUGCCUUGCAGAUUUCAGGUUGUCGGCUGCACUGAGAUGGUGGAAAAUGAAAAGCUGCUGGAGCACGAAAGCAAAUGUGUGGGGGAGCAUCUGUAUAUGUUGCUGGGCUUUGUGCUCAGCCUCAAGGCUGAGUCUGGAGACUUAAAGCACCAGCCAACCCUUGCGUCAGUGCAGGACAACUCCAUGCUCUUAACAACCAAUUCGCUGUGCUCUGAAUCAGAGCUCUCUGAGUCCUUGGAGCUGCGGGGAAGGUGCGAGGCCCUGGAGAGGAAGACUCUCACAUUUGAGAAUAUUGUGUGUGUGCUGAAUCGGGAAGUGGAAAGAGUGUCUCUGACAGCGGAGGCGUAUAGCCGGCAGCAUCGGCUGGAUCAGGAGAAAAUUGAAAUGCUCAGUAACAAGGUCCGGCAGCUGGAAAGGAGCAUUGGACUGAAAGAUCUGGCCAUGGCUGACAUGGAGCAAAAGAUCCGUGAUAUGGAAGCUUCGACCUAUGAUGGCGUUUUCAUCUGGAAGAUUACAGACUUUGCCAGAAAACGUCAGGAAGCGAUAGCCGGCCGCUGUCCUGCCGUCUUCUCUCCAGCCUUCUACACAAGCAAAUAUGGCUAUAGGAUGUGCCUGCGUGUGUACCUAAAUGGGGACGGCACUGGACGUGGGACCCACUUGUCUCUGUUCUUUGUGGUGAUGAAAGGACCCAACGAUGCGCUUCUGCGAUGGCCCUUCAACCAGAAGGUGACCCUGAUGCUGCUGGAUCAGAAUAACCGGGAGCACAUUAUUGACGCUUUCCGCCCCGAUGUGACGUCAUCGUCCUUUCAGCGACCCGUCACCGAGAUGAACAUUGCCAGUGGCUGCCCACUCUUCUGCCCUGUUUCCAAGAUGGAGGCCAAGAACUCUUACGUGCGUGACGACGCCAUCUUUAUUAAAGCCAUCGUAGAUCUCACGGGCCUCUAAAGCCUCCUCCCCACCAGGAGCAUUGAGCACAGUGCCAGCCGACCAGGGCUCGCCCUCCCGGUGCUGCACCCUCAGCAUGCCCCAGAGCAGGGGCAAAGUCCAGACCUGGCCCCGUCCCUGAAGGGACCUGCUCCGCUCUGAGUGGAAAUCAGUGUCUGAUGGGAACCCUCCCUUGGUGUCAAAACACCAGCUUCUCUAGUGCAGAUCUUCCUUGAGAAGAGGCUUGUGUUGAGGUUAGUUGAGUUUGAUCCAUGAUCAAUGGGGACUGGAUGAUCCCCUGCAGGAAUCAGCUACCAGGGCUCCCUGCACGCAGGUUUCAAGCUAAAACGAAGGCAGCUCUUUUGUACUUGUUUACCGUACAGCUCCUACAAUGGAACAGGCACUCAGCCUGCCCGGAGCACCACUGCACAUAGCCCUUUGGCCAGGCUCUUUCGUUCUCUUAGGAGAUCUCAGUGUUAGAGGGAGCUGGUUUCUCUCUGGUGUUUUUCUUAAAGGUUCUGUAAUUCUGUGUUGCUGGUUGGUUUGAUCUUUGACAUGAGGGAAGACGUGGACUAGGAGCAGGCAGAGGAGGUGUGAGGGCUUCGCACGGCAGAGAUAGUUGUUAGCUCUCUGUGAGAGGGAAGCAGUUUAGCACAGUCUCACUGGCCUCUCUUUGGCAGCCAUAGCUGCAGAGGCACUUUGAGUGGGGCUGUAUGUCCGUAGGGCAAGAGGGAGCUGUUCCCAGUGUCCAUGUCAAAGAAGACCCAAACCCCAGCCUGCGUUUUAUCUGGAAGUGAUCUGAUGGGAGGGGAAGUGGGGAGUAAGGGAGGACAGCACCUGAGGAAUAUUUUCCUCCUUUCUUUCAGUGUGGGUCUCCUAUAGAACCUACUGCUCCAGGUGCCUUUGGCAUAGCUUGUGUUUUUAAUGACCAAACAGAUGAGUAUUGUAACUCUCUGGAGCGGGUCCUGACCUAGGCAGAGAGGUGCCUUGGAAUCUAAUUUGUUGCCUGUUAAUGGUUAACUCCUGGAGCUGGGCUUAGGGCAGGCCAGCCUUGCUCCCCCAUGUGUGAGCUGGUUAGCAGCCCAGGAAUGAGGGUUUAGCCAAGAGGGAAGCUCAUUAGCUCCUUUCCUCACUACUCUCAUCCUGGCUUUUAGCACAUCUCUUCAUUUGCCUUUGCAGGCAGGCCCCUUCUGGUGUUCCCUCGCCUGGAGUUGUUGGUCCCCCACUGAGUGUCCUCCCGCAGGUGGCAGCUGAUCUUGGGCUCUUCGCUCUAUCAAGGGGGUUUAGUUGUUUACAAGGCUGGGGGUCUAACAGCCUCACCAGAACUGUGGCCCCGAUUGCUGCGUGGCCAGCUGUGUGCUCUCUCCAGCCAGCCAGUCUGCAGCUACUUGGUUAGAAACUGUCUGAGGGCUUUCCCUGUGUACUCUUCCCUCCCUAGGCUCCUUGCACUCUGGCCCCGGUUUGCUGCCCCUUUGUCUAUUUCGUGGAGAAUGGGUCCCUCUCAGUGUGUUGCCAUUGUGGCUAACUGGCCCCUCAGAGUUACUCUGUGGUGGUCACCUGUAACUCUGAAGUGGCCAUUAGCCACUUUGGAGCCUUAUUCUUUGUGGUUUUCUGUCUCCUCUCCCCAUGGGUCCUGUUCUCUCCCAUCAGUACCAACCUUCAGGUUCUCUUUGGCCAAAGCACCCAGCUAGCUGCUUUUUGAACCAUCCUUCAGGGGUUGUCCCUCCCCUGCUCUUCUGGCCUGGAGGACAGGCAAAGAGGCUGGCCCUGCUGCCCACGCCAGAGGUGCUCCCGGUGGUUGGCUCGAGCCCCCCAGAGAGCAACAGCCCCACUUCCAGUUAGCAUCAGUGAUCCGCUGCCUGUGUGCAGGGGAAGGAAUUCUCUGUGGAACGAUCACCAGUUAGCAAACGUAAGGGAAUCCAGGAUUGUGAAAUUGUGGCCCUCUCCGUGGAGGAAGGCCAUAGCCCCUCUGUGUCCUCUAAAGAGAGAGAUUGUAUGUUCCCCACUUGGGCUCAGGCCCAGGGGCAUCUGCAGAGCUGAGGCACUUCUGCCUUCUCACUGUCCUAGCUAGGACCAGUGACAGGCUGUCCCACCACUGGAGCCUAGGCAGCGGCCUGCUUCAGUCCACUCAGCCCCCUACUCCGCCCAGCCCUUCCGCACACCUCAGCUGGGGUCAGAAAUCUGUCAGUGGAGAUGAGUUUUGAUUCCAGGCUAGGGUGACAGGAAGCUUCUGUCAGGACUAAAGGGGUGCGUAUGGGCUCCUGCCCACAGCGAAGUAAGCCAGCGGGGGUCUCCAGUACUGCACUGCUCCCCAGCUGAGCCGUUAUUUACAUGUAUGUCGUUUCUGGGCCAGGAGUGGUGGCUGGUUCUCUCUCUUUGGAUGGGGAGUUCUGCACACAGAGGGGCCAAUAAACAGAUGUAAAACAGCCGCCCAUGGGAGCCAAAGGUAAUUAAAUCCGCUCAGUUUAAAGACAGACAUCUAGAUCUUGGAGGGUCACGGGAGCAGGUGGGAGUCUGGGUAGGGUCUGGACAGUACUCCGCAGCAAGCUGUCUGAGUGUCUGUGCUCUCCAAGCCCUGCACAGACACCACGCACCGUUCCCUGCCCUGAGGCAGCGCUGCUGCGUGCCCAGUGGCUACAGGCCUGGGGGCUGUUCCGUUUCAGAACGCUGGAUCCAGAUGGGGCCCAACCCCUCAGGAACAGCCUGUUAUGUGCACUCUCCAGCUCCCCGUUGCAGUGACUCUCCUGAGCCUUUGGGCACUUGCUAAGAGAGGUUUCUUGACGUUGUCUGAGAAACGAGAGACUACACGUUCCUGUAGGCGAUUGGCUGUGCGCCGGGGCCAGCCUGACUCUUGGUACUACCGAUCCACCGACAAGGCAUGGCGGAGUUAAACUGCUGCAGCAGAAGGCAAGGGGAGGUGAUCUGUCCCCUGGUUUGGGAAGUACUAGCUUUGUCUUCAGUGGCCGGGGCUGGCUCUUAGAAACGUCACUGUCACUGCUAGGCUUGUCCCUCCACAGCAGCUGCCUUUGGGGGGGGUUGAGCAGUCAGGCAGUCAGGGGACCUGGGCCUCAGAAGCUAUCAAAGGUCUAAAGCCCUAGCAGGGACCAGGGGGUUUGAAAGGCAUCUCUGGCCCAUACUGUACAUUGGCAUCUGCUGUGGGUUCUGUCCAAAAUUCAGUCGGGUGGCUGGGGUGGAACCCAGAGCCAGCUCCAUAUAGUGCUUGUGGCAGGAGACCAAGGUGGCUGCUCUCCCUCCCUGUGGAGAGGUGUUGGGAUGAGUUUUUAGCCACGGUUCAAAGCCUACCCAGGUUGGCUGGGACGGGCUGCAGGAGCCGCCCUUACACGCAUCAUGCCACUCAUCUAGUGCUCACAGGCAUGCUGGGGCCUUCGCAGACACGGGCUGGGCCCCACCCGCAGGAGCUGCUGUCCUAAACAGUGAGGGAAGAGGGCUCCAAAGAGGAGCAGCAUCCAGAUUCCCCUGCUCUUUUGCGCUGUGGCAAUAGCGGGCUGCUGUGCAGCAAGAUGGCCUCUGGCUACUGCUGUGUCUUGUCAGACCACAUUUUGUGCAGUGUGGUGGCUCCAGCAAGCGAUUCCGCCCGGCCGUGGAUGCUGUUAGUGGAGGCCCCGUUGAUCCCCACACAAGGUGUUGGGGGAUGCUCGCGUUGUCACUGCUGCACCUUCCCUUGUAGUAUAAAUUCACCCAACAUCCAAAAAGCCUGCACUGGCUUCCUCCUAGAGCCCCAGUGUUCCCAUGCUGGAGAAGGGCCCCUAGUUCUAUCCAGGCUGUAAUUGACCAGAGGAGCCCAGCUCUGGCACAGAAGGAACCACCUGUUAUAGUCAUCUCAUGGAAGGGGGUCCUCUCUGCAUGAGCAAGCCUGUUCCAGCCGAGUGGAUGGGGAGAGAAGGGGCCUUAGGUUCUGAGGAAGUCACUUGAAAGACUUGUUGCUUUUCAUAUUGCUCUCCCAGGGCUGUUAGUCCCCCCAUCACUUACCAGCUGUGCUAAGGUUGAAGGCUUUUCCCCUCCGCCCUCCCCCCACCACACAAUUAUUUCUCUGCAGCUUACUCCCUCCCUUCAAUUACCUUCAGUGAAAUUGAUUGGCUGCCCCCUGCUGGUGGCUAUGAUGCAUUCAGCUGCAGCAGGGUCUGUGUCCACAAAUUCCCAGAGUGAGAGAGGCUAAAUGGCACCUGUGCCCCGCAGCACCCACUUUGUGAAAAGGUGGGGGCUGGAAAGCCAGUGGAGGUGUGGCUGGUCACUGGAUGGAAAGUAGGCAUGGACAAGGCAGGUGGAACGUAGCUAAGGCUUGUACUGCAGCUACUGCCCGGGGUAGUUUUGUGCAUGGAUGCACUGAACUGCCAGCUUAAAACGUGCUCUGGGUGAAUGUCACUGAGCCAGCUGUGAAUACCUGCUUUGUGAUGGCCUGUGAUCCCAGUCUCAUACAACCUCCCUGAGUCCAGUCGGUAAUGGGAUAGUUGUAUUACAGCUCCAGUUGUCCGUUUCACACCACUGCCUUGACGGACACUAGUAACUCUGCCUGGCCAGCACCAUAUUGGGCUUUACAGGAGGCUUUUGCUAAGCCAUGCAGGGGAGGAUUCUUGUAAAAUUCAAGCCUCUUUACCCCCAAGGCUGUGAGGGAAAGAAGCCUUAGGCCAGUACGCCAGUCACAGCGGAGAGGAAUCCGUGCUGAGGGGUGGUUGUGGUAGGAUUGCUCAGGAGCAAAAUUCAAAAGCAAACAAAUCCCGGCUAUGGCUAAUCAACCAGAAGUGCAGUAGGUCAGGCUCCUGCGGGAGGGGCUAGGUGCUGAGCUCCUACGGGAGCCUACGGCUCUGCAAACAGGCCAUGUGCAGGCAGCCAGUGUAUGGCCGAGGGGGAGGUGGUGGCCUUGUGAUGAAGGAACAAGUUUGGUGAGAGGGGCUGUAUAAGUUGAACUGCACUAGCCCUACUAGCCAGAGCAGGUGCUCUGACCAGGGCUGCGAACAUAGCUCUUUGCGGCUCACACCACGACUUUCCAGUGGACAGCAGCGAUGUGAAUGGCGAGCAGAAAUGAGGCCUGGCAGUCAGGUUGCCCAACACUUCCAUAUUUUUAUACAUACGUAUCCAGGUGAGGCUCCAGAUUCAUUAUCAUAGCAUUUUCUUGCCCUCAAAAGGUAGCUAAAGCAGAGAUGGGGUUUUACUUCUGCAGUGUCUCUCCUCUGAGGCAUGACCAUGUUUGUGUGGAAUUCAGGGUGUGGGUUGUUCGGCACUUGUGGAAAUGCCUUUAGUUUGAUGUAGCUAAUGAGUCUUUCAGGGGCCUGACCUGGUUGGUGAUUGCUGUGUGCUAGCUUAGCCAUAACAAUAUUGCCUCCCUUAGCAGUUUAUGACACCUUCCCUAGAGCAAGCACUAGGCUCUCACCUUUCAUGGAUGUGUCCAAACACACCUCAGAGGAGCAAACAGCAUAGGCUCCAACUGUGAAAUGAAGUGUCCUCUGUGCUGUUGUAUGAGUGAGACCAUUAAUAAAGUAUUGUAUCCCAA